GAAAAAGAAAAAGAAAAAGACGAUGGAAGAGUCGAGAUCGUACAGAAGGGAGAUGAAGCAGGCGAAGAAGAAGAAGAAAACGGGUCGUGGUUCAGGUUCUGGAUGCGGGUCAAUUCAAAUGGAAAUGAGAAGGCUCCGAGUUCUGAUACCGGGUGGGCGAAGGUUGAACCAGCCGAAUCUGCUUCUAUCAAAGACUACUGAUUACGUUAUGCAUUUGGAGUUGAGGAUUAAGUUUCUCAAAGCCCUGUCCGAUAUGUGCUCGCUCUCUCAAAAAUAAUAUUUUGUUUGUUAGUUACUUUUUCUUAUUCGUCUUCAUUCUUGUUAUUCCAAAAUUAAUUUUAUCUUUACAAUUGUAGUUUAUCAAAACUAUUUACGUUGAAAUUUGUUACUUUAGUUCAUAUGGAAUUUUUUUUCC